AUGUGUACCGGAGAACAGCUGGAUGCGCAAGAUAGUAAAUUAGAGGAGUUCGACGAGCUGCAUACGAGUGCCUUAGUGAAGCUGACCCAACUGAUGGAUUUCUUCCGUGCUUCACCUAAAACUGUCGGAGCACCGCAAGUCAUCGUGACUCAGCAACCUUUGAAGAUGCCGAUCCCUACCUUUGAUGGGAGCUACGAAGGUUGGCCGAAAUUCAAAGCACUAUUCAACGACCUGAUCGGUAAAUGUGGCGAUUCAGAUGCCACAAAACUACAAUAUUUGGACAAGGCAUUGAUUGGUGAAGCCUCCGGUAUCCUCGAUGCAAGGAUAAUUAACAAUAACAAUUAUGAGCAAGCGUGGCAACUGUUGAAGGACCGGUUCGAAAAUCCAAGAGUGAUAAUUGACACCCACAUUACUGGUUUAUUAACGAUGAGUCCGAUCGUAAAGCAGAGCUACAAAGAGCUGAGAUCCCUCAUCGAUACCUGUAAUCGUCACGUUGAAGGAUUGCGGUUUAUGGACCAGGAAGUUGAUGGCACAGCCGGUCUAAUCGUGGUGAAGCUUUUGUCACUGUGCCUCGAUUGUGAAACACGGAAGCAGUGGGAGCAAACGAUGGAUCAUGGUGAGCUACCUGACUUGGACGACACCAUGAAGUUUCUCAGGAACUAUUGUCAAGUGCUCGAGAGAUGUGAAGUGGACAAAACGCCCUCAUCAAGAGUAGUAGUCAAACCUCCCGUAAUGGUGAAGUCAAGCUCAGCGCUUAAAACAUCCCAUCCAGCGUUAUCUAAUCUAUCAGAGAAUGUGUGUGAGAUAUGCACAGGUCAACACAGCAACUACAAGUGUUCCUCUUUUUUGAGCAUGAGUAUCGACGAAAGAAUGGUCGAAGUAAAGCAAAAGGGACUGUGUUUCAAUUGUCUUCGCAAGGGGCAUCAGAUCAGAGGCUGUCCAUCGGAUAAAUCAUGUUCCAAGUGCGCGAAGAAACACCAUACAAUGUUACACUACGAGCAGGUUUCUCCGCUCGAAACUAGGCAGCAGAGUUCCAGCGGAUCAGCCAUGACGAAGACUGGGUCAGCAGCUAUUUCUGAGGACAAUGUAUCAACAGCGUGUUUCGGUGUUCAGCGGCGAGUAAAACAGGUGUUGUUGAUGACAGCGUUGGUGAAUGUAGCAUCAAGGAGUGGAAAGAUUGUCAAACUACGUGCUCUUCUUGAUUCGGGAUCGCAAGUUAACUUGGUUUCAGAAGCCGCCGUUAAGUUGCUUUCUCUUCCAAAAUAUCCUGCCAAUGUGCCUGUUGUGGGAGUGGGUGGCGUUCGAUCCCAAAUUCGGCAUCAAGUGAUUUUGAGACUGUCAUCCGGUUAUUCCGCAUUCGAAUGUAAUAUUAACUGUUUGGUGACAUCGAGGGUGACAGGAAAAAUUCCAUCCGUUCCAGUUGACGUUUUUGAAUGGAAAUUUCCACCUGGUAUUGUUUUGGCUGAUCCAAGCUUCAAUGAACCAAAGGAUGUUGAUCUAUUGAUUGGUGCGGAGCUAUUUUUUGAUAUCCUGAAAUCAGCGCAACUGAAACUUUCCGACGAGUUGCCACACCUCUACGAAACUCAAUUUGGAUGGGUACUGGCUGGGGCCUUGGAAGAAUCUCAUGACGAAGUUGUCAAUGUGAUGUGUGUUAAUAAUGAAGAUCCGUUGCUGAAGAGUGUCCAAAGGUUUUUCGAGCAAGAGGAGCUACCAGAAGAGAAAGAGCUAACAUGUGAAGAACAAAGGAUCGAGGAUCACUUUUGUAAAACUUAUCAACGAGAUGGUGAAGGCCGAUUCAUUGUUCAGCUCCCGUUUCGCGACUCCAUCGACCAACUAGGGGACUCUCGUUCAUUGGCGUUCAAAAGGUUCUUGUCAAGUGAGAAACGAAUAUCGAAUGACAUUGAGAUGAAGCGUAUGUAUCAAGAUUUCCUUAAGGAGUAUGUAGAUUUAGGUCAUUGUCACGAGAUACGUGAAGAGGACGAUGCGCCUGGUCAACGAAACUAUUAUUUUCCACACCACGCUGUACUUAAACCAUCGAGUACUAGCACAAAGCUUCGUGUUGUAUUCGACGGAAAGGCAAAAUCGAAUGGGUUAUCACUCAACGAAGUUCUGAUGGUGGGGCCCAAGAUCCAGAAUGAUCUGUUUUCCAUUGUUCUGCGUUUUCGAACGCACGUUUACGCAUUCUCAGCUGACAUUGAAAAAAUGUAUAGACAAGUGAAGAUCGAUCCUAAUCAGACACGAUAUCAAAGGAUAUUCUGGCGUGAACAACCAAAGGAUCCGAUUAAGGUGCUGGAACUGUCGACAGUGACCUACGGGAAGUUUUCUGCACCAUUCCGGGCGGUGAGAUCCAUGAUUUAG